AUACGUAAUAAAUAACUAAAAUAAUCUUAGUAUUGUAAUAUAAAUAUAAUGAGUUAUAAAAUGGAGUAUAAUAAUAAUCACAAUUACAUACUACUAGUAGAAUGUGGAAUCAGUCCCACCGUAGUUAACCUGCGCCCUCUCGCACUGGAUACUCUUCUUCUCGUUUCUUCUAAUAAAGAUUCUUUUUUAUUAUUUCCAGCAAAAUUUCAAAUCCGCCCAAACGCCAAAACCCUUCCCUCGCUCUUCUUCAUCUUCUUCCCUCUGAUUCUAAUCCCCAUUUUUCGCCAUUGCCCUAUUCCGCCCAGCUCCCCGAUUCACCUUCAAUUUUCCUUAUUCCUUUUUCUUGGUUCAAAAUCUUAUGCCCUAAAAGUUUGCGUAUUGUCGCGAAGAGGCCAUGGUGCGACCGGUGAAGAAGGAAACCGCAAGCGGGAUUGGCCGUACUACUCGGAGUAGCGCGGGUAACGUUAAUGAAUCGCAUGGUACAACGAGCAGUAGCACCGUUGAAGAUGGUGCUGGUGAACGCCGGGUUCUGCGCUCGAAAUAUCUCAGUUUUAAGAAUCGGAUUAGCGAUGAGAAGGAGGAUAUAUCCAAGGUUGACUCGGAAAAGUUCAAAUCAAUGAUUGAAGAAGUUGACAAUCUGCAUCAGCUAGUGCAAAAACCCCGGGAGCAAGUAGCUGAUGCUGAGGCUCUGUUCGACAUUACAACUUCCUUGGUGUCCUCUGUCAAAGCAUGUAGAAAUGAAGGCGUGACACCCUCCGAUUUCAUCAGUUGUUUGCUCAGGGAUUUCGGACAACAAUCUGGUGCAAGCAGUAGCCACACUGAAGGUGGAGGUAUGGUACGAUGGAAAGACAUUGGACAGGUGGUGUCUGAUGCUUUCAGGGAUGCUCCUGGUUGUCGUACAAUGAUUGGGCCAAUGAAUACAGAACUGAAGCAUCGCAAGAAUGUGGCUCAGAGAAAGCGUUCAAGGCCCGCAGAAGAUACCCAUCCCGAAGAGCUUGAUGAGACAGUUAACAAAGAAAAAACAGACACUGAUAAGAACAUGGCUACGAUGUUCAAUAUUCUGAGGAGGAACCGGAAAGUGAAGCUUGAAAAUCUCAUAUUAAACCGGAAUUCAUUUGCUCAGACAGUGGAAAACCUGUUUGCUCUAUCCUUUUUGGUGAAAGAUGGACGUGCUGAGAUAUCUGUGGAUGAUACCCGUUGCCAUCUAGUUUCCCCAAAGAAUGCUCCUGCUGCCAGUGCUAUUCUAUCUGGGGAGACUGCAUACUGUCAUUUUUUAUUCAGAUUCGACUUCAAGGACUGGAAGCUAAUGUUGGAUUCUACUGUGGCGGGGGAAGAACUGAUGCCGAAUAGAGCUGAGGUGGAUGAAACCAAUAUGGGUGGUGGUGGUGCUCAGGCAAGUAGGGCAGAAGGUGAAGCAGCUAUGCCGACAACGCCGAUUCGGAAACUAUGCCGGAACCGGGGGUUGGUGUCGCAGGAGAGAUCAGUUGUUGAAGAUUCUCCUGAAAACGAAAAUGUUAGCAGUGGUGGUCGUGCAAUCCGCAAGGGAAAGAGAAGAGUGAGGUGAAGCAGACAGAGUCCCAGGAUUGGAUUGCUUCAAUUGAAUAUAUCUGUUAUUGUUGAUGGCAGCAGGCAGCUUAACAUGAGAGGUAAUAUCAUAUCAUUAUUAUUACUAUUAUUGUUCGCAUUUGAUGUAAUUUCCUGUGUAGUUUAGUUUCAAGACUUGCGAGGCUAAUCUAAUGUAUGUUUGGUACAUACAUACAGUACCAUCCAUAUAUAUAUAUAUAUAUAUAUGUUUCAAUGUGAAGGAAAAUCUUAUUAAUUUUUAGGUACAAGUAAAUUGAAUGCAAUUUCAAGAUAUAAAACAGGGAAAGGAUGUUAUUACACACAUUCGCUAUUACUAUUUGUAAUUAGAUUUAGAUAUAGAGGAGAGCAGGGUAGAGAUAAAAUCCUAUCCUAUCCUAUCCAGUAUAGGCGCCGCCGGUGCCGUAGCCGCUGGCGGUAUUGGAGCCUCCGACGUGGGUGUUCUGGGCGGUGGUGGGACGCGCCGCUGUGCCGGUGUUGGUGCCGAUGGGGUGGGACUUGACGACCCCCUCCGUCACCUGGGCUGCCGGCGCGCCGCUGCCGUGGCCGGGCAUUGCCGACAUCUGGUGGGCGCCGGUGUGGUGGCCGGUCUGGCCGGUGGCGGUGGAGGAGUGGGAGGCAGCCUGCUUGGCGGCGGCGUUGUGCUCGCGGGCCUCCUGCUUGUGCUGCUCGGCCUGCUGGAUUCUGUCCUGCUUCUUCUCUGUUGCCAUCUCCUUCUCCGUCGGAUUGUGGGCCGCCAUUCUCUCCAUCUGUAACAC